ACCAACCAUUUGUUCUUUCUUUCUUUACUUUUUAUGUCACUUUUUCUCAAGUAUUUCUUCUCUUCUACUCAUCCUAUAUUUUUUUCCACUGCCAUCACUACUCUUGCACUUAAUUGAUUUUCCUCUUUUUAUUCUGAUUUUUCUUCGCAUUUUGGAGAUACCCAUUUGCCAGAAAGGGCUAAAGCUAAGCCUACAUGUGAAGAUUUUUCCCCCCUGCAGAGUAAGACAUAUAUAACAAGCACCUGCAAUGGGUUCUGCGGACUGGCUUAAGAAUGUAAUUGGUAUGAGAAAAGCAAAGGAUGGGAAAUCAAAAAAAUUAAAGGGAACGUCAGCAAUCAAAAAGUCUAAUGGAUGCAAAGGGGAUGAUCCCCUGCAGAAAGAGCCAUCUAAAAUAACCAAUGGUGUCUUGAUCAAGAAUCAGAGGGAACUGGGAAUGCCUAUUGAUGACAGAGCAGCUAUUAAGAUUCAGAAAGCAUUCCGUGCUUACGUGGCUAGGAAAACAUUACGUCGAUUGAAAGGAAAUGCAAGGUUACAGUCCCUGACACAACGUCUGUCGGUGAAAAAACAAGCUUCAUCAGCUUUGAACUAUAUCCACUCGUGGAACAGGAUGCAAACUGAGAUUAGAGAUCGCCGUGCCCGUAUGGUAACAGAAGGGCGUCUUGAGCGGAAGAAGCUGGAGAAUCAAUUGAAGCUAGAGGCAAAGCUUCAAAAUUUAGAGGUAGAGUGGAGUGGUGGCCCUGAAACAAUGGAAGUUAUUCUAGCAAGGAUUCACCAGAGAGAAGAAGCAGCAACGAAACGGGAGCGUGCUAUGGCCUAUGCAUUUUCACAUCAGUGGAGAGCCAAUUCCAACCCAGUAUUUGGAUCGGGUAAUCAUGAAAUGAGCAAAGCUAAUUGGGGCUGGAGCUGGACGGAUCGCUGGAUUGCUGCUCGACCAUGGGAAAGCCGAGUUCCUGUUCACACAAGUCCAAAGAAAGUCAAUGGUAAAGCAAGUAAGACCACUAAAAGUAGUACUACUCCAACAAAGAAAACACCAAUUUCUGUUAAAUUGACUUCGCCUAGUGGGAAAGGCACCGUAAAAGCUAAAAAUUCAAAUGAAGUAGCUGAUAAAGUAGCUGCACAAAAAGUAAGCAGCAAAGUCAAGGAGACAGGCACUGAGAAACAAGAGGCGGUAGUAGAAGCAAACUGAAAAGGAUAAGAUGUUGAAGGCAAGACAUUUGGGUUUUUUCAUUUUACUGAGGAUGGGGGUGAAGAAAAAUAUCGUGUAAGUUUAAUCACCGAGCAUGAGUUGAUGGAUGUGGAGUGCUUUGUCUGAGAGUUCGCAUUGUUUCUCUUUAUUUUUCCAAACUCUUCUUAUCUGAGAUGGUAAGUUAUUCAUCAUAGGUUAAAAUGUGUAUAGAUGUCAUAUCUCAUUCAAGAGUAUUUAUAUUAUAGCUUUGAGUGCCCAGAAUAAUCCUGUUCCGAUGUCUAUUAUUGCGGGGUGCUUUUUUAUUUGUAUAGAUUGUUUUCUUCCUUGCCGAUCACAAGGCAAGUCAGCAGCUUUUCUAGAAUUACAUAUCUAUUUGAAACAA